AUGCCUACCUUAAUGAACACCCGAAAAAUCCCGACUACGGAAUGGGAGCAACGCAAAUCUCGUAUUAUCGAAUUGUACGACGAACGUAGACUUAAAGGCUCUCGUGGUGUUGUCGAAAUGAUGGAGAGAGAAGGAUUCUUCGCUUCAGUCGCGCAAUACGAACACCAAUUCCGAAAAUGGGAUGUGAGCAAGUACAAAACUCGAAGCCGUGGGAAACGGCGUCAAUUUGCAUCUGCGAAGCACCAGGAAGAAGAAUUGGUUUCGCGUAAUGUUCAGGAUACAACUCAGUUUGUGGCUGGACAUAUGCCCGGACCCGGUUUAGAGAGCGCUAUUCCAGACGUCAUUACCUAUAAUGUUGGGGACAACUACAUCCCGUCAGAUCACGAUACCCAACUUUCUCUAGGGGUAGCCGGGGGUCGAUGUUAUAUUAACUACAAUAUACCUAUGGGUGGUUCAUGCGGCACCCCCAAUAUAUUACAAGAUCUCGAUAGCUUCUCGUGGGAGCCUUUCCCUUCCCUACCCCCCGAAGCCCCUUUCAGUGUCCAACUGCAGCCAUUAAACAAUGACGAGCAUACCACAUAUCAAUACCCUGCCAAUAAUCAGUCCUCCUCUAUGUCAAGUCCUCUCGAGCCUUCUAGUCAUGUUAUUUUCAGCCGACGCGAAUGGUUGCGAGCCCCGCUCCCUUCCGCUCAGUUCUCAGCUAAGUUUAUUGAAAGUGUUUAUUCAAAAUCGCCUAUUUUUCCUACUUCCGGUGCCUUGAUGGAGACGGGUGAUCACCACUUUCUCUUCGAAUUCUCAAAUAUCGUCAGGGAAUCACUCCCAGCUUCUAGACGUUCGGUGGACAUCAAAAUUCCCCAUAACCUUACCUCCCUAAAACCUUUCGUCGGAGAAGAGUGGAGUCAACUUACUAGACUACCAAUUGAUGUGCGGCUUAAAGCUUUGUUUGUUGGAAGAUUAAUUGCGUCACUCGUCAAUGGAUUUUCAGGUCUCGAAGACACCCCGCCGCAGAGAAGGCAGUGCAUGAUAUUUACCUCACGAUCGAAUCCUUUGACCAAAUCAUUCGCCGAGAAUACCUUCCAAGCACAUGUAGAAGCUGACCAUGUCGAGAUCGUUAGAUUCAUGCUCCAUGAGACAAUCAAGAUGGAUAACGCCGUGUGUUAUCGCAAUGGGGAAAGAUACACACCACUGGAGCAUGCCGCGUUCAACCAAUCAUUCAAAGUUCUUCGGUAUCUUAUUGAUCAAAAGGUCGACGUAAAUAAGUCCUUUCCAAGGGCCGGCCAUUCCAAUGCGCUAUGCUUAUUAUUCGAAGGUUUAAAAAACCGCCAAGCAACACUUAGCGACAAUUUUUUACUUGCGGUCGAUGCUUUAUGUGAAACCGAAGCGACUAUAUCGAUAAAUACCAUCAUCUCAACGCUAUUCCUCGUCGACUCCCGAGCCGCAAUCCGCACUAUAAAAAAGUUCGCUUCACAAACGCCUGGAAAAGCCGAUUCGUCCAAGUUCUUCCUCGGAUGUAUCGUCGAAAACCUUGACGAACAACAUGCAGCGCAAAGUAUCCAACUUAUUAUAGACAAGCGCCCAAACCAUUUUCCACUAGGUGUCGACGUGGCACUGGAAAAGGCCAUAAAGCGUGGGUACAACGCGCUCGUGAGAGACCUUCUUCCAUACGCACCAUCUCCAAGUGAACCGUUCCAAAUAGCAAAGUCGGAGGGGAAUCAGGCAGUUGUCGAAUUGAUCCUAGAGAAAUGGCCAGGGUUAGGUAAAAGUACAGAAGCCGACGAUGAUUUCAUCUCCGCUCUCGAAUCUGGAGACGAAAAUCGCCUUCACUCUUUAGAAGAUAGUGGUACCCUUAAUGAUCUCCAUGGUACGAGGCUUGGCCAGGCGCUUGCAGCAGCUCUUAGAGUAGGGAAUUUAGAAUAUGUGAUAAAAUUAUUGGAGCUUGAUCCCGACUUGACAUAUUGUGACGGCCAACGGCUUACUGUAGAUAACGAGAUGUUCGAUGUGGGCUAUGCACUGAGAGAUGCUUUGGCUCAUGGUCUCGAUGACAUUGCUUGGAAGCUUCUGCCCAUCGGCCUUACAACCAGAGCCCCACGAUCGUCUCCUCCGUUACUAUAUGUCGCAGUAGAACAAAAUCGACCAGAAUUCGGGAAAUCCAUUUUCGAAUUCGGCUUCGCUCCUGAAAUCCUGUGUGGAUUUUGGAACAAGGAAUGGCCGAUUCUCGAGGCAGCCCUUGAAUACUCCGACAACUCUAUCUUCGACAAAAUUUGGAAAGCCCGCCCGGAUGAAUUUUGCCCAACAAAAAGGUUAUACAAACUUGCACUGGAUAAAGAGCGCAUAGACCUGUUUUUUGAAAUCGUCGAGUCUAACUCCCAAAGUUGGGGUGGCUACAAAAGAGAGGCGUUAGAAGUCGCGGUUGAGAGCGAAAAUGAAUCAGUGCUUGACAAACUAUUUUGCCUCGGAACCCUGGCGGACGAUGAGCUCAUCUUGAUGAGGGCGGUACGGGAUCACCGUUCAAUGGUUAAGCCACUUUUAGCCCAAUUUAAGAAGUUUCACCCGGGGGGUCGUUUUGGAUAUGGAAGAUCUCUUAUUUCAAAUGCCAUCCAUGGCCGGCCAAAAAUAAUCUCUAUAGAAGAAGUGUUUGAUUGGGGCCUUGUCUCUAUGAACGUCAACAGCCAAGCUGGUUGGAACAGGAACGAUCUCCUUAUCGAAGCAAUAAGAAAAUGCGAUUGCUGCGUUGUUAAAAGGUUCAUUGACGCCGGUAAUAACGUCAAUGUCGUCUCGGAAAAGUCCGAGUUUCGAGAUAUAUAUUCUAAGACGACUGCUCUUUUAGAAGCCAUUGAACGAGGCGAUAUUGAGAUAACUGGUUUACGACGGACUCCUCUCCAAAAAGCCGCGGAAGAAAACGAUAUCCUUAUAGUUCGUUUAUUACCUGAGAGCGGUGCUUACGUCAACGCUGCGCCCUCAAGAUUUGAAGGGGCCACAGCACUCCAAUUCGCAGCAAUUCAUGGUAAUUGCGAGAUGGCGACCGUUCUUAUAGAGCUUGGGGCUUCGUAUGACGUGCGACCUCCCGAUGGACCGCGCGGGCGUUGGCCUUUGGAGGGCGCAGCCGAGAACGGCCGGUUCGAUAUGAUACAGCUUCUUUGGGAUGCUUUUGGUAUUUUCCUCGAUGACGAACAAUGUCAAAAAGCUAUGCGGCGUGCGGAGAGAAACAGGCACAUUGGCUGUAAAGAGAAGAUUGAAGAGUUGAUGAAAGAAUACGGCACAGGCGCUAACCACCUACCUAGUAGCCCGUUGCUUGGAUUUUCUUAG